AUGACGACCAACAAGAGCAAGUCCGUACUUCCAGUCGUUGCUGCUGUCAGCACAGGACUCACAGUCAGUGCCUUGCUGGGCUUGUAUUUGAGAUACAGAAAACGGGCCAUACUUACUCGCGAUCCUGCCGUCUAUGGAGUUCCUGUCCUCGCUGGUGCGGCACCACUGGUUGGAAAUAUCCCUGAAAUGGUUUCAGUCUCAGAAUAUCAAGCAGACUGGCUCGUCGAAAAAUCAAAGGAAUUUGGUGACAUUUUCGCAAUGACGGUCCCACUUCAAAAUUUGCUAUGUACAUUCAACGUCGCAGACCUCGAAGCCAUGCUCAAAGAUCCAUAUCUCUGGCAAAAAGGUCCCUUCUUCAGAGACAACUUACAACAGUUCCUUGGUCAUGGGAUUUUUAAUAGCGACGGAGAUGCUUGGAAGAAUCAAAGGAAGGUCGCAUCAAACAUAUUCAAUGUCAAGAACUUUCGAGACUUGUUCUCCCAAGUCUUUGUCGACGAGAGCAAGAAAUUGGCCUCCCAAAUUGCUACUGCUCAUUCAAUGGGUGGAAUUGUAGAGCUGCAAGAUCUGUUACUGCGUGCGACGAUGGACAGCUUUACCCUCAUUGCUCUAGGCAAAUCUACUGAUGCAAUCGAUGGAAAGGGCAAGCUCGACAAUGACGGUGUUUACGUCUUACCCCGAGAACGCUUCAUGGACGCAUUUGAUGGAGCGAAUACAAUUUCGGCAGACCGUUUCAAUAUGCCAUUCUGGGAGAUUUGGGAGUAUUGGGAUGGAACUUCUGCCAAAAUGAAUCAACAUCUCGCUCUUAUUGAAGAUUUUGCCAAGAAUGUAAUCAAUUCCAAACGUGCCAAGAUGGCUGAAGGGCAGAAAGGCUCAGACCUUCUUGACCUAUUCAUGGCUCAAGGUGAUCCAGAAACCGGAGCUCCUUUGACAGACCAGCAAUUACGUGACAUUACUCUCAACUUUAUUAUCGCAGGGCGCGAUACAACGGCCCAAACAUUAUCUUGGACAUUUUGGCGUCUCGCUCAAAACCCAAGAGUUGAGAAAAAGUGCCGUGAAGAGAUUCUGUUGGUCUUGGGUAAAGAUGGGGAAUACACGUAUGAAACUUUCAAGGAUUUGAAGUAUACGAAUGCUACGUUUAUGGAAGCUUUGCGUCUCCAUGCCAACGUACACGUCAACUCAAAGACUGCAUCAAAAGACACAGUCCUACCUGGUACCAACACACCCAUUAAAGCUGGAGACACGGUGUUGUUCAGUCCAUAUGUUAUGGGUCGAGAUGAGAAGAUCUGGGGUGCUGACGCUCUUGAGUUUGUACCUGAAAGGUGGAUUGAUAAGAAUGGAAGUUUGAUCAAGCCAAAUCAAUUUGAAUUUCCUCAUUUCAAUGCCGGGCCUCGCUUGUGUCUCGGAAUGAGCAUGGCUCAACAAGAAGCAGUCGUCUUCAUGUCUACCAUCAUACGAAAGUUCAGUCUUGAACUUGUUGGUGACGAUUCUCCCAAGCACUGGGGAAGAUGGGAUCCUGAUCCAGCCAAGAGAGCUGGACGAGAAUCUAUUGCUCUCACAUUGAAUGCUCGAAAUGGCAUUACGUUCAAAGUUCAUCCUGUUUGA